CGUCGUGUAAACGGCGCGACCAAACAAGAAACUUUCACAGACAACUUAUCGGUUUCGAGCGUUUUACGCUGCUCAAACUUCAUCUUUUCUGUUUGACCCAAACAGAUUCAGAGGUGCGGUAACGGAUACAGGCAGAAGCUGAAGGAGGAUGUCUCUUCCUAAACGGGAGGUGGAGGAGUUGAGGCCAUGGGUGGAGCGCACUGUGAAGAAGGUGCUGGGUUUCUCAGAGCCCACAGUGGUCACUGCUGCUUUACACUGUGUCGGAAAAGGACUGGACAAAAGGAAGACCAUAGACCAGCUGCGUCCGUUCCUUGAUGACUCUGCUGGAGGUUUUGUGGAGCGUCUUUUUGAAGCUUUGGAGGAAAGCCGCAAUGCUCGUGGUAACAAAGGAGCUGGAGAAAAGAACCGGAAGAGAGAGCUCAAGGAUGUUUUUGGUGAUGAGACUGAAAUGGGUGUAGUGCGCGAAGCUCCGGAUGCAGGAGAUGGGACUGUUGCAAAGAGGAAACGGGUCCCUCGCUUUGAAGAGGUGGAGGAGCCUGAGGUCAUACCUGGACCUCCAUCUGAGAGCCCUGGGAUGCUCACCAAAAUGCAGAUAAAACAGAUGAUGGAAGCAGCCACAAAACAGAUAGAAGAGAGGAAGAAACAGCUGAGCUUUGCCUCUUCAGUCCCCUCUGCACAAUCACAGCUGGAAUCCCCUCCAGUCUCACGGCUCCUCGGCACAUCUGCUGCUGCAGCUGCAGGCGGCGGCUCAUCCAUCGCCCCCUCCCAGGCUGCCAGCUUCAUGAAUGAUGCUAUCGAGAAGGCCCGCAAGGCUGCUGAGCUCCAGGCCCGCAUCCAAUCCCAGUUAGCCAUGAAGCCGGGUAUCCUCGGAGCCCUGGGAAACACCGGGCCUCACAACAUAGUGGCACUCGCUAAUCUGCACGCUAUGGGAAUUGCCCCACCGAAAGUAGAAGUCAAGGAGAUAAACAAGCCAACACCUCUGAUUCUGGAUGACAAGGGAAGAACUGUGGAUGCUAGUGGAAAAGAGGUUGAACUCACGCACCGCAUGCCAACACUGAAAGCAAACAUUCGAGCGGUAAAGAGGGAGCAGUUCCGUCAACAGCUGAAGGAGAAGCCUGGGGACGACUUGGAGUCUACGUCUUACUUCGACCAGCGUGUGUUCAUCACACCGGCUCAGCGCCCUCGCAGGGGCUUCAAAUUCCACGACAAGGGACGCUUCGAGAAGAUUGCUCAGAGAAUUAGAACUAAGGCCCAGCUGGAAAGGUUGCAGAAUGAGAUCGCCCAGGCAGCAAAGAAGACAGGAAUCCAGGCAUCCACCAAGCUCGCACUUAUCGCCCCAAAAAAAGAGAUCGGAGAAGGGGAAGUGCCCCACAUCGAGUGGUGGGACUCCUACAUCCUGCCCAACAACAUAAACAUAACACCUGAAACAAAUUUUGAUGGGAUGGAGCUCUUUGGUGUGACCACUCUGGUAGAACAUCCUGCCCAAAUUAACCCUCCUGUCGACACAGAUAAGCCGGUAACGCUGGGUGUAUAUCUGACAAAGAAAGAACAGAAGAAACUGAGACGACAGACACGACGAGAGGGACAGAAAGAACUUCAAGAGAAGGUUCGCCUGGGACUGAUGCCUCCACCAGAGCCCAAAGUGCGCAUCUCCAACCUGAUGAGAGUUCUGGGGACGGAGGCGGUUCAGGACCCCACGAAGGUGGAAGCACACGUCAGAGCACAGAUGGCAAAGAGACAGAAAGCUCACGAGGAGGCCAAUGCCGCCCGCAAGCUCACAGCAGAGCAGAGGAAAGAGAAGAAGGUCAAGAAGUUAAAAGAAGACCUCACUGAUGGGGUUCACAUUGCAGUGUACAGGAUCCGUAACCUGCAAAAUCCCGCUAAGAAGUUUAAAGUGGAGGCCAACGCCAAUCAGCUGUACCUGACAGGCACAGUCGUUCUGCACAAAGACGUCAACCUUGUUGUGGUUGAGGGAGGCCCCAAAUCGCAGAAAAAGUUCAAGAGGCUGAUGAUGAACAGAAUCAAAUGGGAGGAACACAACAGUAAAAGAGAUGAUCCAGAUGGUGAUGACGACACAAAAAGGAAUAACAAGUGCUGGUUGAUUUGGAACGGCACAGCCAAAGAGCGUAGUUUUGGGGAUAUGAAGUUCAAGCAGUGCCCCACGGAGAACAUGGCCAGAGAACACUUUAAGAAACACGGCACAGAACACUACUGGGAUUUAGCUCUCAGCCAGAGUGUGUUGGACACCACAGACGACUGAAACCUCAACAACGACAAGCCAAUCAGACCCGCAGCCUCCCGGCAGUCGUCCCGCACUGCUGACCGGCUGUCCUGCUGCCGAGGACAGACUCAAAUUAAGAGACUUGAACAUAGAAAAGGAGGAACAAUACACCUGUGUGGAUGUUUUUGCAAGAAUAUGUGACGGAUGAUUGUGUGUGUGUGUGUGUGUGUGUGUGUGUGUGUGUGUGUCUGCAUCAGUGUUCAUCUUUUGUUGGUAGGCGGUUCUGUCAGAUAUUGUGUUGUCUGUCAUUGAAUACAGUCUGACAGAUUGCACUGUGUAACGUAAAGCCAAGGCUUUUUGUGAUGAUAAGAAAUGACAGAUUAUGACGCAACUGUAGUGAUGACCCCGCCCCCCAUGUACACCGAUGAUAAUCCCUGUUUGGAGCAAAGCAGUUAAUAAAAACCACUCCACCACUGAAUGACCGCACAGCUAUUGUGCUAACACAUUAAACUUUGGAGAUUCCUGAUAAUGUUACAGCGUUGUUAUGAGACGUAUUGUAGUCAUUAAAGGUGCAUUUCACAUAAUUAAAAGUAUCCAAAUCCAUGUUUUUUUCAUGUUUUCAUGAAAUCUUUGACUGGCUUGAAACUUUAUUUCUCUAUAACCUCACAGUCACAUAAAUUAACAAAAUCCAGCUGACUUCGUGUAUGCUUUUUCCGUCAGUUGUACUCGACUGUUGAUAUUCAACUUGCUUUAAUAAAGGGUAACUUCAUCAUUUUUUAA